CUAGUGAAACCAAGAAAAGUAGAAGCAUGGCAUAGUUUUGUGGUGUUCUUGUUUUUGUCUGAUUGUUUUGGUAAUUUUUUUAAUCUCAACUAGUUCAGUUAGGCCUUACUUUUCUUCCUUCCUUGUUAGGUUUGGUUGGUCGGUUUUUCUUCCUUUAUCUUUAUCGUCAAGAUCUACCAGGAAAAGUUUCGAUUGGUGCUGAAAAAACCAUGGAUUUUGGGUCAUCAGGAAGAGAAGUGUUUAAUGAAGAAGAAUAUAUGGAUAAAGGUAAGCUCCCUUUUUCCUACUCUACCUCCUCUUCUUCUCCUUCUUCUCAGCACCGCCACUGCCACCGCCACCGGAUGAAUUCCGACCGGUCAGUCAAAGGGUACGAGCAGCCUGAAGAAGAUAAUAACGAAGCAACCCCCAUUUCUACUACUACUGCAAGCGAAGCUGAUUCCAAACUCCUAGGCUCAGAUUCAACAACCCUCGAGCUUAGGAAUGGUGCAAUUGCCGACAUCGAGAAGGAACACAUGUUUGACAAAGUGGUCACACCGAGCGAUGUGGGAAAACUCAAUCGACUUGUCAUCCCUAAACAGCACGCCGAGAAGUAUUUUCCCUUGGAUCCUUGCGCGAACGAGAAGGGUCUUUUGUUGAACUUUGAGGACAGAAAUGGGCGGCCAUGGAGAUUCAGAUACUCGUAUUGGAACAGUAGUCAAAGCUACGUGAUGACCAAAGGGUGGAGCCGUUUUGUCAAGGAUAAGAAGCUUGAUGCUGGGGAUAUAGUUUCGUUCCAUAGAGGAGCUUAUGAGCUGAGUAAAGAUCGUCUUUUUAUUGAUUGGAGGCGAAGACCCUAUGCGCCUGAUAUGGUCUACCCUUUCUCUUUCGACAGCUCGAUCCCCUGGCGUCCACUGCUAAUGCGGCCACCACCGGUGAACCCUCGCAAUGUGGUGAAUCCAGUGGGUACAAUGGGAUCAUUGUUUUACUUGAGACCCCCACAAAUGGGGAUGAUGCAGCGGCGGCAGCCGCUUGCUUUCGAUUCGGUGCCGGUGGUCCAAGGCAAGGUCGUCGCUGCGCCGAAGAGGUUGAGGCUUUUCGGGGUGAACAUGGAAUGUGCCAUAUCGGAAUCGGACGAAUGCUUAUCGAAAACUACCAUAGCACAUGCUACAAUGGCGUCACAACAUCAUCCUCAACUAUCUUCAUCAUCUUCUUCACAGCAUCCUCUCCAAUUGAGGCUCUACAAUGGCACCCCACUGCCACCCACGGACUUCCUUCGUAAUGCCAACAAAGGGAAGGCUUCCUUGUCAUUCGAUUUGGAUAUUUCACCACAUGAAAACUGAUUUUGUAAUUCAACAUACUCAAAGCUUAAAGAAUUGCAAGCCUACUCUAGCUGCCACUCCUCGUCUUCUUGUUUCUUCUUCUUCUUCUUCUUUCAAUUUACCACUUCUUGAUUCUUACGAGGGAGAAGACCCAGAUGUUGAAAUGUGAUCAUAUCCUUAUCUAUACUGA